GGAAUCAGUUGAACAAACAAAUCAUAAUUUUCAUGCAUAAACAAAAACUUGAUUGAAUACCAGCAAUUAAUGUUAAUUAUGGUUAGGAUAUAUUCCCAUUCCUAUCAUUGGCUAUACGCGACAAAUCUUUGCUUAGGCCUGACUGGAGUCCGCCUUUUUUAGGUCCAACCUUACCUCAUACGUUACCAUAUUGAGUCCGCCUUUUGUAAUCAACAGACACUUCCUUAGAUUGUUUAUACUUGAAGGUCUAAGCAUAUUGUUUCUAGUAAAUCUUCAAUCAUCUGACCAGAUACAUUUGAUUAUCGACUGAGUGUUCAUCACAGUUAACAGUUUCAUUUUUAACUUUUCCUCGUUAACUUCAAGUCUUGGCUUAUUUUUUAUCAUAAAAGUGCUCAUUUCUUGCUCAUAGUUUCAUUUCUUUGUUUUUAUAUUAAAAUGAAUGUAUUGAACUAUAUUCAGGAAAAUCUCAACAACAACAAUCACAAUACAACUGAUAGAACGAUUUCAGUUAUUUUACUCCAAGAAGAAUUAUGGAACAAAUUCAAUUCAAUAACAACAGAAAUGAUUGUAACCAAAUCUGGACGACGAAUGUUUCCAGUAGUGAAAUUAGAAGUUAAAGGAUUGGAAACAAAUUCAAUGUAUGUUAUAAUACUAGAGUUUUGUCAAUUGGGCGAUAAUAGAUGGAAGUUUGUCAACAAUGAAUGGGUACAAGGAUCUAAAUCUGAAGUUAAAUCACGCUCAGAAUACAGUUAUUACACUCACCCUGAGUCACCCAAUUAUGGUGGUCAUUGGAUGAAAAAACCUGUUGAAUUUCCAAAAGUUAAACUGACCAAUAAACAACCACCAGAAGAAGGUCAAGUGGUCCUCAAUUCCCUUCACAAAUAUGAACCUAAGGUUCAUAUAAUUAAAAGCAAUCCUGGACAUGAACCUGAAACAAUUAGUUUUUGUUUACCAACAACACAAUUCAUCGCUGUUACAGCCUAUCAAAAUGAAUCGAUCACUGAUUUAAAAAUCAAAAACAAUCCAUACGCUAAGGCAUUUGCUGAGAAACAUAAGAAAAACAAAAACGAUGUAAACAGGAUUGAUAAUAAUAUUAACCCUUGCUUUGAAUAUGGCCGUCCACAGUUAUACGAACAUCAGCAACAAAACCAAUUUCAUCAUUCUUAUCAUCAUCAUCAUACUUACUUGCCUUAUCAGGAACCACAUGAUUCUGGAGCCAAUUUCACACCUCAAAAUGUUCAACAAAUGUUUUAUUAAAUAUUUGAAAGUAAUAAGUUGAAUGUGUCUUAAAUUUACAAAAUUAAAAUUACAGUAACUUGAUAUUGAAAUAAAUUCAAUAAUUUCGUUCCAGUUCUUCCUUUGCUUUUCCUACUUUUUUCGGCAUUUUCUUACAUAAAUCUUCAACCUCUUCGGAUUUAUAAAAAUGUGGAGCAAUUUCUACAAGCCAUUUAGGUUCAAUUUCAAUAACCUGUCUCAUGUACUCUUUGGUUGUAAGAACUAGUUCAUGAUAGAGAACCCAUCGAGGUUCUUCAUCAAACAAUGAUGAAUUAGGAUGAAUUGAAACGGGUUGAUGUUGCUUUAAAGUACGAUAUGAGCCUCCACCACCUCCUAAACGGGCAACAUGAUAAAAAUAACCUGUUAAGAUGGCUUUACGGAUGAGUACAAAUUCAGUUGGAUUUGAUUUAAUUUCUACUUCGGCUCGAUCCAUUAGACUUUCUAGUUGAUCUCGUAUAUCUCGAGCUCUAACUAGCGCUCGAUAUUGAAUAAAAUUUUCAGCACACCAUUGUUUAGUAUAUCCCAUUUCAACCCAUUGAUUAUAAACAUUCAACAGCAUCAGAUGAUCCCCUCCAGGUUGAAAAAAGUUUUUCCUUGCCGUAUCUGCAUGAAUAGCUUUGUCUUUUGGCCGAUAAAAAAUAUUGGAAUU